UGCGCUUCUCGGCAGUCUGCUACAGACAAGGGAAGCGCUUCAGCUGGUACGGACCCCGUGCGGCAGAGAGGCACAGACAAUAGGAGAGAAUAAAAAAAGGCUGUGUGUACGCGGGGGAUAAGCGCUACGUUUAUUCGUGCCAUUUGGAUUACUUCCACCGUUAACACCCGUCGGCUGUUUUACCCAGCGUGACUAUUUGGUGACUGAUGGUGAUCGGAUACUUGAACUGGUGAUCUUUUGCGCUAACGCCAUGAGUGGGCUUCUCAAGAGGAAGUUUGAGGAGGUGGAUGAGGACCCAUGCUACUCCUCACCGUCGCCCUCUUCCCUUUCCUCUGCCUGCUCAGGCUGGGACUCGGAGGCGGAGAGCUGCUUCUCGGACACCCUGGAUUCCACCCCCAGCAACCCCAGCUCCCCGGCAACAAAUUUCAACACAACGUCCAUCCUUAAGAAAUCCAAACGAGCGCGGCGGGGCAAUGUGACGUUUGACCAGGUGACGGUGUUCUUCUUCCCUCGGUGCCAGGGCUUCACCAGCGUUCCCAGCCGAGGAGGAUGCACUCUGGGCAUGAUGCAACGCCACAGUGCACUCUGCACAUAUUCGCUCACAGAGUUUGCCGUGGAGCAGCGGCUCCUGCGUCGGGAAAAACUCCUCAACAGACUCAGGGAAGAGAAACUGGAAGCUCUCAAACUGAAGCUGACAAAAAAUGGAACCCAGGAGAGCGAGGAGGCCGAAAAACUUACAGUGGAUGACAUCCCAGAGCAGGAUAUUGACAUCAGUGGAGCCAACCUCGACGAGGGCUCUUUUCUCCAGCCUUACACGUCCAAGCGCCGCUACGCGCUGCUCAAAGCGGCUGGUGUGAAGAAGAUCGACAAGGAGGAAAAGAGGCAGCUGCACGAGCUGAGGCUCUCCAGGGAGAACUGUGGUUGCGACUGUCAGGGGUUCUGCGAACCUGAGACUUGCAGCUGCAGCCUGGCUGGCAUCAAAUGUCAGAUGGACCACUCCUCUUUUCCAUGCGGAUGUACCAAGGAUGGAUGCGGAAACACGGAGGGCCGCAUUGAGUUCAACUCCACCAGGGUACAGACGCAUUACAUCCACACUAUAAUGAAGCUGGAGCUAGAGAAGAGGCUGGAGGAGCAGUCCAGCACAGAAGAGGAUGAGGAGAACGCAACCGGUGCCACCCCCUUACCAGCAGUGCCCUCCUUCCCCUUCAGCUCAGAGAUGACAGCAGCCGGGGAGAACAGCUGCAGCAGCGAUAUGACAGACUUGUCGGACUCUCAGAGUGAGGACUCGGAGGCAGGCGAGAGUCCGUGCGAGCCCAGCGCCCAGCUGGAUGUUGAUGAGAAAGGCCUGAGCCGCAUACUGUGUUUCAGUGACACAGAAAACUGUUCGAGAAGUAGCAGGGACAGCGGCGAUAAGUGCAGCAAAGACACUUGUUGCCCAGAGCAGCAGCAAGAGCAACAGCAGCCGUCUACGGAGGCGUUUAGUAGCUUUAGUAUGGUGGACUUUGCAGAUGAGAAUGACAACAUAGACGCUGCACUGUUGGACUCUUCGGACGAUCAAACAGACAAUCGAGCAACAGCCAUUUCAGAACUUUUGGAUGAGAACGCCAACCAGGGAAACGCCCUCUUCCAUAGCAGUAGUGUUCCACACACGCCCUCUCCCACAAUCGAUCGCUCAGCUAGCUACGACAUGGAGCUGAGCCUCUCGUCUGAGUCAGACCUGGAGUUUUUCGAUGGCUUUCCCUGUUUGGGCCCCACCUCCCUCUACAACUCCCUCAAGGAGUACGAGCACAUGGACAACUUUUUUCAGUUUCAGUUGCCUAGUUAUCCCAGUUUCCCUGCAGCCAGUGACCCAGGGACCUGCCUCCUAGAGUCGCUGAUUGGCCUUUCAGAGUCCGUCCCAGAACCCCCCACCACUUUUACAGACAAUCAGCUGUUGGAGGAAGCCAUGAAAUUGUCUGUGAUGGAGUCUGUGAAAGUUUGACCCACGCAAAGUGAAAAAUUUGUGGACAGUGCAAGAAAAACGCAGGUUUGAAAAUGCACAUAAGAUGUCAAAGUGUUGAAGGAAGCUGUGAUUGCGUUUGAUUUUUUUUUUUUUUUUUUCCCUCUCGCCUAAUAAUAAACGUUCAAAAUUCCAGACUUGCCUUCAAAAUUGUCAACAAAGCAGUUUGGAAUGAUUGCUGUGUGAGACGGCAGCUAGUGUUGAAAAAGAUACUAAACGUAUAUCAAUUUGAUCAGGCAUAUUAAAAAUAAUAAUUUAAAAAAGCUAUUGUGGCUCUCAAUUCCUAAGAAAGCUUGUUUAACCAAACCAAGAUCACCAACCAUACGCUAAAUGGGAAUGAACCCUCUGGGGCCAGGUUGGGAAUCUCAACACAGCUGAAUGUGCACCUCAGGGAUUUUUUUUCUAGCUUUCUAGCUUUUGGAGGCAAUGUACCUUUGCUGUGAUGGCCUUCAUAUGAAAACCAGAGUCAAAUGGUAACCUGUUCGCACCCUAGAUUUUGGGCUAACACCCGGACGACUUGAGUAGAAGGGGUCCUCCUCGUGUUAAAUCCUAAAGCUAGUGGACUCUUUCUCCUCAAGAUCUCUCCCAAGGGUCUUUUAUGGUACAAAUAAAAUCCCUCUAAAAUCUCCUUGAUCAGCACUUUAUCUGUGAAAAAACAAAAAAAUAGUUAUGUAUGAAUAGGCAUUGUUUUAGUCGAAUGGGAUCGAUUCAACAGUUAAAGGCUAACAUGACGGAGUUUCAUAUUUAUGAGCAGGGUAACUAGAUAUAAUGCUCAUGCCAUUUAAAAGCUGUAGCUGUAUUGUCUUUUUACUUUUGUUUUAAAUUAUUUCCUUUUAUUUAUUUCUGAUGAAGCCUACUUUCACUCAAGCAGCACUGUGGUUUGAUAUUUCACCUGAAAGUGCAAUCUUCCUUCCUGUUCUUUUUUUUUUUUUCCUUGUCCAUAUCACAUUUAGGCAUUGUUAUGGGAAAUGGGAUCACAAGUCCAUCAGCAAGUAUUUAAUAUCUAUUCUCUUUUACAGUUUAACUAUUUUCUUUUUUUUUAUUUUAUAACUUAUUAUGUCAUUAUUUCACUAGUUAUUUAAUUUAAGACGCCUGGCAAUAAAAUGGGGUGUUGUAAAGUUUACUGGAUGUGCCUGCUUAUUGGGGGGAGCCAUGCAUGCUAAUAGAGUGUGCACAGCGCUUCCAUUUAAGCUUUGGGACUGAAAACUGUGGAAUCUCCCUAAUCACUGAAACUAAAUUAUGGUUCUGUUCUAUCGCUGCCUAUAAUGUAAACAUAGAAAAUUACACUAAUAUUUUCUAACUAAUUUAUGUAGAAUGACAAAAGAAUUCUAAUCACUGACAAAUUGAAUAUUUUAUUAAGCAAAAACGAGUAAUUUUCAAUCUGGGUCGACCUUUGUAAUAUAUGAAUUAUAGAGAAAUGUAUACUUAUGAAGGUUAUUGCUCUCCAGCAUUCUGAAGUAUUUUUCAUAGGCAGCCUUAUGGUUCGAUAUCUUAGAGACAUGCCACUAAAACUAAGUAAAUUGCGAAGAUCAAUUUGAUUGUACUCUGAAUUUCUUUGGAAGUCUGUGACUUGGCUUACGAUAUGUUAUGACUUACACAUGUAAAGGGUUUUUGUGCAUAAAAACUGCAUAUAUUAUACAAUUUUUAUCGCACACGCAAACCCUGAAAAUUGAAGAGUUGCCUCAUUAAUUAUUGAACGAGACCUUGCAAAGGUGAUUGUGCUGUCACCUGUGUGAAGAGCCGAGGGACACUAGAGAGUCGAUGUACAUAUCUCACCCUUUCUACAGCUGUUUCAACAGCCUUUCUGGACCCUUUAGAAAUUAUGCAUGCAGGUCCUGUUUGUUGUUCUGAUUAAUUGUAUACUUUGAAAAAGUGCCGAGUGCACAUUUUGGAACUGUAUUAUUCGCUUUUUUGCCUUUUUUGAUUACUUUGAAGUCCAUCCAAUAUAUGUUCUUAUACCAUGAAGAGGGCACUCAUUUUUUUGCAAGCAGGCAUUUGAUUCUCUUGUAUAAAACAUCAAAUCUCAUGAAGAAAUGGCAACAGUGAGUGUUCAAUGUAAUGUAUUACAGUACAAUUUAUAUUGUUUUCAAAGAAAUUGUCUUACUUUUAUUUGCCUUUUGUGUUGUACAUAUUUCUGCUUGAAUGGUCCUGCAGAGCAAACAAAGCUGCUUUAAUUUUUUUUUACAUACUCACACAUUAACCUGCUGUUCAGAAACAGUGUCUUUCAUCUACGCCAUUUUGACAGCCUGUCCCUCCAAAUAAUAAUAAUAAAAAAAAUGUUUUCUAAA